UCAUUUUUCCGUUUGAAGAAUCCGAUAUUUGACCAGUUAUUUUCAGACGCCUUUAUCAACGUCACAUCAUUUUCUGUGAGAUAAAAUUAUGCUAGUCUGAACGAAUUUCCGAUGUGAUGCAUUUCUGUGAUGGAAAAAUCACUCAACUAGAAUGGGUAACAAGCAAACAACGUUUACCGAUGAACAGUUCGAAGCCUAUCAGGACUGCACUUUCUUUCCCCGAAAAGAGAUCCUACGGUUACAUGGUCGAUACCGUGAGCUGGCUCCACAUUUAGUGCCCUUGGAUUAUACCAACAACCCGGACAUCAAGCUGCCCCUUUCGCUUCUUGUCAGCAUGCCUGAGCUGAAGGAAAAUCCCUUCAGAGACCGGAUAGUGCAGACUUUCUCUGAGGACGGCCAGGGGGAUCUGAGUUUCAACGACUUUGUCGACAUGUUCUCGGCACUGUGUGAGUCGUCCUCGAGGGAACUGAAGACGAGAUACGCCUUCAAGAUAUAUGAUUUCAACAGGGACAACUUCAUCUGUAAGGAGGACCUGGAGAAGACCAUUAACAAGCUGACGAAAGGGGAGCUGACCCCGGAGGAGGUCACCCUGGUCUGUGACAAGGCCAUCGAGGAGGCGGACCUUGACGGGGACAGCAAGCUCUCCUUUGCUGACUUUGAGAACAUGAUCUCCAAAGCUCCUGAUUUCCUGAGCACAUUCCAUGUACGAAUCUGAGGGGCGGUCUCAUGGAACCAUGGAGUCUUGUUGAAGUCUGGCUCAGAUCCCUGGGCUGGUGUGCGUCCUUAUGGCCUCGGAAUCAGUGAUUUCAGAGAGAGAGAUGCUUCGAUGGGGCCUCAGUCUCAACCACACGCCUGUGCCCGGCCUUCCCAGUGCCGAGCCCAGCCAUGGACCUUCAGUGGACAUCAGGAGGAGGAGCUGGAUAGCAGGGGACUGGAGUGUCCUGUAGCUGUUGGAUACAGAGCUAGCUAGGUCUACCUGUACGCCUUCUCUUUCUUCAAGAAGCACAGGCGUUUCUUGCCAAUCCACGCUGUACUUAAAGGGAUGACCAUGACUUUUUAUCUUUAAAAGGAGAUAUUCACCACUUGCAUGGUUCUUCUCUUUAUUAUUAACCAAGCAAACCAUGCUACUUCAUUGUGGGAUCAUUUUGUUAUAAGAGAGGAUUUUUUCUCUGCACCAUAGCAGAUAGCUUUUUUGUUUUGUGUAUCAACAUUCAAAAUGUAAAUGUUCUGCUCCUCUGAUGUACUGCUUGGAGGAGGAGUUACCAGGUGGACGUGACAAAGAGGAACCACAAACAGGGCUUAUGUGACUCAUGUGCUUUUCUAUAUUCAAAAAGCACACUUUAGUACUAAGGGCAAAACCGUCAAGCUAUGCAAUCGUUCAUUAUGAAGUGCAUGGAUGCAUUGUAAAUUGCUUCUAGAUGUUAUCGUUAUUCCCCAUUUUGUGAAAUGUACCAAUGCACAAUGACAAUCAUACUUAACUGGUGUUCAGUUGAUGGAAGGGCUCUGUUGUCUGCUGUAAAAUCGUAUGCUUUGAACAUUUGUUCCUUUUCUGUAUGAUAGGGCUAUAGGCUAGAUUUGAAAUAAACAAUUUAUCUGUGUUUUUGCUCCAUGCUUUACUCAUUAUUUUUCCUAACCUAUUGAAAUGAUUGCAUCUCGCAG